ACGGAAGCCGAGGUGGAGCAAAAAAGAGCAGGUCCACGCCUUUUCCACACACCAGACAUGAGCGAAUAGAAUGCAUUGAUUGUGAAUGGGAGACACUGGUGCUUGGUAACGUUGUGCUAUGACAUGAACGCGGUGGACCGGUGGACCGUUUCUACAUUAGUGCCCGCUCAUGGUCGGCUAUAGAGCAUUUAAAGUGCGCGAAUGAUGCACUACUCAAACUGGCUUAUUGGCCUGAAAAACCGGGCGAGCAUACGAAAUGCAUGCAAAACACCACCUAACAUCGAUCGGAACAAAAGGGGCCCGCUAAAUGUUGAUAUGCAGAACAACAAUCCGCAGUCUAAUGAAAAGACACCCGACCUGACGGCCAGGACCCACCUCUGGAAGAAAGGCUACAAAACAAUCAAGAAAAUUGGGGAAGGCACAUUUUCAGAGGUGUUGAAAACUCAGAGCCUAAAAGAUGGGAAGUUCUACGCAUGUAAAACCAUGAAGCAGACCAUAAACAGUCUGGAGCAGGCCAACAAUCUGCGGGAAGUCCAGGCAAUGAAGAGACUGAGCCCUCAUGCAAAUAUCAUCCAGCUACAUGAACUGAUUUUUGACAAAGAAACUGGAACUGUGUCUUUGAUUUGUGAGCUGAUGGAGAUGAACAUCUAUGAGUUCAUACAAGGAAGACAAACACCACUGCCUGAUAAUACAGUAAAGAACUACAUGUACCAGCUUUGCAAGUCACUUGAACACAUGCACAGCUGCGGGAUCUUUCACAGAGAUGUGAAGCCAGAAAACAUUCUCAUCAAACAAAAUGGUCUGAAGCUUGGCGACUUUGGCUCAUGUCGGAGCGUGUACUCCAAGCCCCCGCAUACGGAGUACAUCUCCACGCGCUGGUACAGAGCCCCCGAGUGCCUCCUCACUGAUGGCUACUAUGGCUUAAAGAUGGACAUGUGGAGUGCUGGUUGUGUCUUCUUUGAGAUCAUGAGUUUGAGUCCACUCUUCCCUGGAACCAAUGAGUUGGACCAAGUUGCCAAGAUCCAUGACGUGUUGGGGACACCAGAUCCAAGUAUUCUCCAAAAGUUAAAGCAGUCUCGAGCGAUGCAUUUCAACUUCCCCCCUAAAAAAGGCAGCGGUAUCUCGCGGUUGGUCCCUCGCUGCCCGCCUCCAGCUCUGUCACUACUCUAUCAGAUGCUCGCCUACGACCCCGAUGAACGCAUUACUGCAGAAACAGCCCUGCGGCACACAUACUUUAGGGAAACCAGGCAGGCGGAGAAGAAAGCCGAGACUUUUCAGAGAGUAUCUGAGACUAUGGAGGGACUAGAGAGUGGCGGGACACACAACUACUUAGACCACAUCUGGCGCCCAGCCAGACUCGGCAAACAGCUGAGAGGAAGACACACAAGGCAAACCCCUUUAAUAAGCCACAACAUGAAACAUGUCGUGGAGCCCCUAAUCCGACGGAACGUGCCUCAUAAUCCCACAGAGCUACCCAAGAUCAACAUGGUUGUGCCCGGAUCACAGACCUCCUUCCCAGUCUCCACUAUGCCUGCAUUUACCCACCGAGGCACUCUGCCAACCAUCACGUCGAAAAAGUGCCAGUCAAGGUUGGCGAAGCCCCGGGAUGAGUCACACCGCGCAGCUUUCAAGUCCUUCUACAUUCCACCUCUGGAUAGGAAACGUGGAGGAUACUGAGAAUCAAAAACACUUCCAACGUAUCAUUAAAAAAUGUCCUCCUAAAACUGGAUAGACCUAUACUCGUAAACAAAUUGUGGAGGGGACAAUGUUUGGACAGGCCAGAUGUUGAAAUCUAUAAAGCAACACAAACAUGACAAAAAAUGCAAUCAAGACCGCCAUGCCUGUCAUAUUCCCAGUUCUGACUGCUCACAUCAAGCGGUUCAACCCUCACUGUAAUGAUACAAUUCAUUGUAAUAUCUUUACAAACAAUAUUAGUCUGUAAUAUUACAUUGGAUUGAGAGUGUAUAGUUUAGUUAUGACCUCAGUUUUACUUGACCUAAUCAGGUGUUACAUGUUUACAACUGUUAAGAAAUAUACUUCGAUUUGAGCCUAUUACACAAUCUAAGCAAUAAGAUAUGACACGUGAACACUCCUUUACCAUGGGUGAAUGAAAUGAUAUUGAAACUGAUUAAUCCACACACCAAGUAGCUUCCGUCCCAUCCUACCGGACACUGAAUGUGCUUGUCUUUUAAAAAAAAAAAAAUCGUUUCUGAAUGAAAUAGUAUAAUAUAUUUGAUGAGUAACAUAGUCAACUUCCUGGAAAACUGGGUGCCUUUAAAAAGUUGUCAUAACCCUUGGACCUAUUCUGGUUGUCUUAUUUUACAACCUUGACUCACAAAUGAUAAAUUAAUAAAAUGAUAAAAACAUGACAACCUGAACAACACAUUUAAUUACGUGAUACUGUAAAACAUAUGUUUGACAGUAAGUUUAAAUAAAUAACAAUUUACAAUAGCAAUAAACAUAAAAAAACAAGGGUGGGGUUGAAUAAUUUUUAUAGGCAUCGUAUACUUGUGAUAGUCUCUUUCCAAAUACUGCGAAUGAACUCCUCGGAACAAAGGGCUGCAGAUUUAUUCUAAGCCACAACAUUGCCUUUGGAGAAGUCUUUAAAGGCACAUUGAACUUUAAUGUAAAUAAAUAGCCCCCUGCGGGCAGCAAGACAGAUUUGGAGCAGUCAACAACAACAAAAAACCUUUAGAUCAAUUAUAUAUGUGAUCUGUAAUUUAUAUGGCCUUAAGAAAGUCGUAAAUAUUUUAUGUUUUGUUUUGAAUGUAGCUCAGCCAGUACCUCCAAUUGAAGCAUUGUGGCUUUAAAAAAAAAAGUACAAUUUAAUUCAGAGCUGUGAAAAAAAAAAAAGUCAAACGAACUGUGACUCAGUCUGCACUGUAUUAUGUUGGUUAUUGUGAAGCAUUACCAGAUUAAAGAAGUUAAGGGUCAUUUGUAUGAUGUCAUCGUUAAGGUGCAACAGCCUCCUGAUACAAACAUGUAAAAAGAAAAGAUUGAUGAGAAUCAUGAUUUCAACAAACAAUAAAGUGGAACAUGUGAAAUGUUAUCCACUUUCAAAACAUAUUCGCUUCACCAACUUUCUGUCUGGUGUAAAGGGUCACUAAAGUCUUCAUGGCAUAACAAAUGAUUGGUUAUCGCACACAAAAAAAGUACAUUAAUACUGCAAUAGUGUCAAAUGGGAAAGACUCAUUUGUUGUUGUUUCUUAGCUGAAUUCUUUCAUGUGGCUUUUUCUUAAAAUUUCUUUUAAGAAGAAAG